AUGUCCUCAGCAGCUCCAUCCCCCGAGCUCCUUGCUCUUGUCAACGAUUUCCUCGCCAGCAAUGGUUUCGACAAGGCCGCUAAGGCUCUCACCAAGCAAGCAAAGGACCAGAACAUCGCCCUGACCAACGACGGCAAGACUACGUUGACUGCUCUCUUCGACGCCCGUCCUAAGGAAACCGCCGUCGCUACCGCCGAUGACUCUUCCGACGCCAGUGACAGCAGCGACAGUGAAUCUUCUGAUUCUGACUCCGACUCCGACUCUGAGAGUGAAGCUGAGAAGACGCCCGUGAAGAAGACCGCAAAGAAGACCAAGACCGAGAAGAAGGCCGACACUUCUGACUCUUCCUCUGCCUCGUCUUCAUCGGAGAGCGACGACAGCAGCGACUCUUCCGACUCUAGCGACAGCGACUCCUCCGAUUCAGACUCAGACUCUGAUUCCGACUCCUCAUCGUCCUCCUCCUCGUCCUCGUCAUCCUCGUCCUCAUCAUCAUCCGACUCCGACUCAGAUAGCUCUAGUGACUCUGACUCUGACAGCUCAUCGUCAUCCUCAUCCGAAAGCGAGUCCUCAGACAGCGACUCAGAGUCUGAGAGCGAACCCAAGAAGACCAAGAAGACUACAAAGCCUGCCAAGGCUGAGAAAGCUGCAAAGAAGGAGAAGAAGGACAGGAAGCCCGUGGAAAAGACCGAGCCUUCAUCCGAUUCUGCUGCUUCAAGCGUUACUCUCGCCGAUGCUCCCGCUCCCAUCGACACUAUUAUGGUCCCUGCAAGCUCAGCUCUUGGUCAAGCUGAAGGUGCCGCUGCUGCAACCAACGAUGCCGACCAGCACAUGCACCCCAGCCGCAAGCGCAAGCUCGGAGGCGCCUUCAGUGAGGCUGAACAACAAGUCGCCGUUCCUGCCACCGAGGAAAACCUCAAGCGUGCAAAGAAGGAAAAUGUACCUUUCAGCCGCAUCCCCAAGGACCAAUACGUCGAUCCUCGCCUCGCGAGUAACGCCUUUGUGCCCUACGACUACGCUCAGAGGGCCCACGAGGCUUUGAUCGUUACUAAGGGCAAGGCCUUCACCAAGGCCAAGAACAAGGGCAAGCGUGGUAGCUACAGAGGUGGCAUAAUCGACCAGACACCUAAGGGUAUCAAGUUCGAUGAUUAG